AUGGAGGACAAUAAUAAGGAUGGCGAAGAAAUAGGGACCCGGUAUGACCAGAGCGACAUGACGCGCAUGGGUAAAAUCCAGGAACUCAAGGGCCGGUUUAUUCUGGACGUACAUGUGGACCUUUGCUGGAUUCGGGCUGAUUAUUCUAACAAUGUCCGAAAUGGCCUCAAUGCAAGUGAAACUACGAUCUUAUUUGACAUCUCAAUCGCAUCUGGACUGACAAAUUACCACUGGGUUUCCGAACUUGCAUCUCCCCACUAUCAACGUGUUUUGAGCUAUAUCACAGGUUGGAUGUCGGUACUGGCAUGGCAGGCUGGCGCAGCGUCGGGCUCAUUCCUGACCGGCACGAUUAUACAAGGGUUGAUCAGUGUGAAAGACCCAAGUUAUAAGCCUGAGAAUUGGCAGGGCACGCUGUUCGUUUUUGCGAUGAUCCUAGUUAUCUACUUUUUCAACGUCUACGCAGCUAGUUGGAUGCCCCGUAUUCAAAACCUGCUAUUAGCAUUACACAUUCUUUGCUUUGUGAUAGUCAUAGCCGUCCUGUGGGCAAUGGCCCCACGGCGACCUGCGAGCGCCGUAUUCCUGGAAUUCAGCAAUACCGGUGGGUGGUCUAGUAUGGGAUUGGCCCUAAUGGUUGGUCAGAUCUCUGCCAUUUAUGCCGGACUCAGCUCCGAUGCCACGGCCCAUAUGUCCGAGGAAGUUCGCGACGCCGGUAGAUAUGUGCCGAUCGCUAUCGUCUGGGGCUUCUUUACCAAUGGUGCCAUGGCUAUUGUCCUGGUAAUUACCUAUCUGUUCGCCAUGCCAUCCCUGGAAGAUGCCCUAGACGACCCAACCGGCUUCCCUUUUAUCUAUGUUUUCAAGAAUGCCGUUGGGACUGCGGGAGUGAAUGGCCUCACGGCCAUCAUCCUCAUUCCAGUCAUUUUUAGCAACAUCCUCUUCAAUGCAUCAACAGCGCGCCAAACCUAUGCGUUCGCUCGUGACAAAGGCCUGCCGUUUGGCAAGUGGAUCUGCAAAGUCAAUCCGAAGCGGAAGCUGCCCGUGAACGCUAUCGGACUAUCCUGUGUCAUCAGUGGCCUCUUAGCCUUGAUUAACAUCGGCUCCGACACGGCGUUUCACGCCAUUAUGUCUCUCAACGUGGCAGCACUCAUGUGGACAUAUGUGGUGUCAAUCAGUUGUUUACUAUAUCGCAGGCUGUGCUGCCCAGAAACACUACCUCCACAACGGUGGAGUAUGGGGAAAUAUGGAAUCUGGGUGAACGCAGCAGCCCUGGUGUAUGUAGUAUUUGCUUUCUUCUUCUCGUUUUGGCCCACCAGUACUCCAGUCACCCUCACCACUUUCAACUGGAGUGUGGUUAUCUUUUUGGCUGUUUUCAUCAUCAGUGUGGUGAUGUAUAUUAUCAAGGGACAAAGGGAAUAUGCCGGGCCGGUGAUAUCUGUGAGACGUGACGCAAUGCCGCAGGCUCGGGUCAACCGACAUGGCAUUCGUCGAGAGAUUUAG